CCGGGCACGGUGUCUUUGGAGCGCGCUUUCCAGCCACCAGCCGGAGGCACCGCCAAGUCCGAGCUGGCAGAGAGUGAGGCUGCCCGACGACUCCCGGCCGCCAAGCCUCCCCUUCGGCAUGGUGGAGAGGCUGGGAGACUUUAGGUAGGACCGACCACUCACCCCAGCCCACUCCUGUUCCAAGGCUCAAGAGGCGAAAAGGCUGUCUACCUCUCCCCGACUGACCCUGGAAACGUGCAGUCCCGCAGGCGCCCGGACCUCCAGACUGGUCCCCAAGGGUACGGCCAAUGAACUCGACCCCUCUCCUUCGGCGGCCACUUGCGGGGUACCAGGGCAGAGCUUCUCUGGCCCCCGCGCGAAGUGCUUGCACGCCGAGCAGAGUCCACGAGCCCGUGGACCGCGAGCUGGGGAAAGGGAGGUGGCGCGCGGCUGCUCAGAAGCGCAUCCGUGCCUGGGAGCAGACGGGCGCCAGUACUCCAGGAGCCGGAUGGCCAGAGGCACCCCUUUCUCCCCAACGCCUAGCUUUGGCUCUGCCCAGAGCUAAGGAGCCUGCACCGCAAUGCAGCGGGCUCCGCGCUCUCCGAGCGGGGGCUGCGGGAGACCUAGGCUGCCAGGGAGUGCCGGGGCGAGGAAACCGGGAGACUCAGCGAGUCAGUUUCGGGCGCUAAGAGCCAGCUGGGGGCGCGCUGGUGGGUGCCGCCCAAGCCCCGCGCUCGGCAGCGGCCGAGGCUCCCACACCUCCUUCCUUGCCCUCGGGUCUGGCACUGCAAAGCAGUUAGAGAAACCCCGCGAGCUGCGGAGCACAGCAGUCCUGAGGCGGCAGGUACCAGCAGCCAACUUGCUCCGUGGAGGGUACGUUACCUUCCAUCGCCGCCACUGCGGAUGCCAGGAGGAGCAGUAGCAGACAAUCCAGGGCCAUCGCUGGCCGGCGGCCCCCAGGCCGAGCCCGAGCUGAGGAAGCAGCGCCGGGAGAGCGCCGCGUCCCGGGGCGCCGCUGCGCUCCCCGCGGGUGGCUUUUCGGUAUCCUUUCGCGCUCUCGCAGGGACCCGACUUCCCGGAGCGCUGCGUGGGCGUGGGCAAGAGUGUGCGCGCGUGGGGCGGUGCGGGCGCGCGUGGGUGUGGGUGUGCAUGUGUGUGUGUGUGUUUAUGGGAGAGGUGGGUGUGUGCGUGCGUGUGUGAGAGAGGGCGAGGGAGAACGAGCCUGGGAGAGCGCGCGAGAGCGAGUGCGUCCUGGUGUCACAUUGCGAGCUACAGCGGAGCCUACGGGAGGACGGAGCCGGCCAGACUGACGCGGGAGGGAGCGGGAUCCCCCACCAUCAGCUCUCUCCCCACCCCUAACACCUCCUGUCCAAUCAAGGAAUCAAACCUGCAAAAUUCCCCCGGCCAAUCAGGCGCGAGCACCUCCUUACACUGGCAUUGUUAGUUUAAGAAAAACUUUUGCUUGCGAGGCUGUGCGGAAGGGCUCGGAAGGCGCUACGAGGGGUCCGGGCUCCCCCUCGUGGUGCUCUCGGAGAACCGCAGCGGUCCGCCCAGCUCACUCUGUCCCCACCUAGGGGGCCCAGCGAAAGAGCUGUGGAGGCCUCAUGCCCUUACAUCCCACCCAGGACCGAAUGCGCUUUAAAUAAUCAAAUGAGCCUUCUUUCAUCUUCUCUGUGACAAGAGCACCCUGCCUACCCUGUUUAUAGCAACUCCAGGGACGCACCAGUGCCUGUCCUGCAGAGCUCUUAACUGUCUAGCAUGGGUUGGUAUUUACUAAUCAAUUUUGUUUAUCGCUGGGUCUCCCCCUUAUUAAAAUGGGGUCACC